GCCAACUCAUUCAACGCAUUCAUGUCUGGUUCGGUACCAAAGAUGACAUAGAAAUCAGUACACACACCACACACCCCACCGCAACCACACACACAGAGGUGUGGUCCACACAUGGUGACCCAACCACACCGAUUCACUCGCUGCCGCCACCAACGACGCCUUGCUAUGACACCAUUGCAGCGAUUUUACCUGUCGACCACACGCAAGGUCAUCUACUCAAUCGCAGAGAGACACACAUCAUAGCAGGAGAGCGAUAAACCCGCAGGUCCAGCCACCGCACAGACACCUUCACUGAUUGAUGAAUAAAUACGCCAACACGCGCACACACGCGCACACACACACGUGCACCAGCAGUUACAGUGAGAUGAGAGGCAGACAGACAGGCAGGGGCCCAGAGAGGACGGUACAGAUAAAUGGAACGCACCCACUUAUGUCAGUGCAGCACGAUAGAGACAAAUAUCUCCCUCCCUCCCUACCUACUGCCCCACCUGCAGCACUUCUAUCUCGUCUGCCAUGACCCUAAUCGACCCACCCAACCAACCAUCGUCAUCCAACUCAUCCCUCUCGCCCGUGUAGGACUCAGGCACAUACUCGGGGGGAGUGAACUGAACGCAGCUGCGCAUGUCGGGAGCAGGCUGGUCAAACCACAGAUCCCGACCGAUCUCUAUACCUCCCCGCUCCCCAUCCCUCAAUAUACUCCCCUCCCUCCCCGCCACCCACACAGACUGAUGCUCCCGAUCAAACUCGAUCUUGGUCGGUCGGGGGAAGUCGCCGGCCAGUGAGAAAUGCCACACAGCACAAGAUGUUGGUGAGAAAAUAUCACAGCUGUAGAAGUUGGUGUCGGUGGGGUCGGCGGGCAGCUGGAUGCCUUCACUGAUGAAGGCGCCGAAUACAUACUUGUUCGCGCGAAUAACAAACACGAUAGGCUUUGCGUCGCCCACUCGGUCCAGCAGGUCGUCGUAUGUGGUGCCGUGCAGAGACGUCCUACACACACACACACACACACACACACAGAAGGUACACAUCAUCCCAGCACUGUUGGCGUGAUGUGUGUCUACCGGUAGAGUGAUGUGAGCCGUGUGGUGGCAUUGCCCAGUAGGCCGAGCAGCCCCUCAUACUCUGACGCAGACAGCGAUGUGCCGCUGGGUGGCGGGAGACUCGGUACGGGGGUGUAAGGGACCUGAACACAGACACAAUCAGCCAAAGCAUCGAAUGAGUGAAUGGGUCGUGUUCAUACCUCGAGCACUUCUAUCUCGUCAGCGAUGAAGUCAUCAGACCCGCCCAACACAACGUCGCCAUACUCAUCCCUCACUCCCGUGUAUUCCUCAGGCACAUAGUCGCCGAGGGUCAACUGAUGGCAGCUGCGGAUGUCGGCAGCAGGCUGGCCAUCGACAGUGCCGCCAUCACCGAAACGAAUAGUCCCACCGAUCCCCAUGUUCGCACCAUUCGCAUUCCCCUUCCUCCCCCCCACCAUCAGAGCCUGCUCCGCUCGGUCGAUGUCGAUCUUGGUCGGUUGGGGGAAGUGGCCGGCCAGUGAGAACCACCACACAUCACUGCCGUAGACGUUGCUGCUGGUCGGGUCGUCGGGCGGCUGGAUGCCGGCACUGAUGUAGACGCCGAAGACAUACUUGUCCUUCUUGACAACAAACACGAGAGGCUUCGCGUCGCCCACUCGGUCCAGCAGAUCGCCAUAGCUGCUGCCAUGCACAGACAUCCUACACACACAACGUACAACAUACACAGACGGAAUCUGCCCAUUAGCUCCACAUCAUCCCAGCCCUGUUGGCAUGAUGUGUGUCUACCGGUAGAGUGAGGUCAGUUCUGUGGUGUCAUUGCCCAGCAGGCCGAGCAGCGACUUAUACUCUGACGCAGACAGUGACGUGCCGUUCGGCCGAGAGGCUUGCAGGCCACGCAAGUGGACCUGAACACCACGCACCACGGCAAAGCAUCAAAUAAGUGAGUGAGUCAUGCGUGUGUCAGCACCUGCAGCUGCCGCAGUCCCGCCGGGACGGUCUCGUUGACCAGCAUGUUCUCCUCGUUGCUCGCUCCCUCCUGGAACGCAGGACCUGAGCACACACAGGGAGAAGACGAAACGGAUGCAAUGUGUUUCCUGGCUCCCUUCCAGACUACUCACCCUUGAAGACGGCGAUGGUGUCGCCCUCCUCUGUGGCGCCGGCCGCGUACAGGUUGGCGCCGUACUCAGACAUGGUCAUGAACUCGCCGCUCUCGAAAUUGAUCUCCACGAAGCGGGCGUCGCGGUUGCGCGACACGUGUGCGAUCUUGUAGAAGUGCUCAAUCCGCUCGCCCGACGUGGUCAUGAACUCCAGGUAGACGGCCUCGACCUUGUACAGAUCAGCAAAGUCAAUCUGACCAACACAGACGCAGUCAGUCAGAGAGGGGAGAGAGAUGGUGGGGAGGGGAGGAGUUGGCUCACAUCGAGGAAGUCGAAUAUCUGGAUGGCGUCGAGGGCCUUCCCGGUGGACAUCAUCUGAUCGGUGGAAGUCAGCCGGCCGUCGGCAUUCGUUGACUCGUUGGCAGUCGUGCCUGCACGACACACAGGGACACGCACACAUCAUCCGAUCGCUGUAUUCCUUCCUUUCGUCGCCCACCGCCUGUGGGUCUUGCCUCCGUGCCAACACAGGUCCACAGAAGCAUCAUGAGCAGCACGACGCUCGCCAUCACGUGACCGGGAGCAGACAGAGGAAAGACAGUGAGAGCGUCUGGCUUGUUUGGUCAGGUCAGUCAGAGGCAGCCAGCCAGAUGAGGUCAAUGGCAGCAGACAGGCAGCACAAGAGGAUAGGAGAUCUCACCGAAUGGUAGAUCUCAAGCGGAGAAGCCGCAACCGCUCCCGUUCGUGUUCGGUAGCGCAAAC